UUGCAAACUUGCAUUGUAUCCAAAGAUGUUCAGUAAAGUAACAGGAUUCUUUGUGCUGGCCACAGCUUUAGUGAGCCUUGUAGCUGCUAUUGACUAUUGUGCUCUGCCCACCUGUCUGGACAAGCACAUUGCCUGCAACAACAAAGGAAACUACAGCGCAGAAUGUCCAAAGGAUGUGCGUGAAGUCAAAAUAGAGCCUCAUCAAAAGCUGAUCCUCACACUGUUCAAUGAGCUACGCAACAAUGUGGCUGGUGGAAAAAUAGAGGGCUUACCCAAGGCAGUGCGCAUGGCCAAGAUGACCUGGUGCGAAGAGCUUACCCACUUGGCGCUGUUCAAUGUGAAGACGUGCCAAUCAUUGCCAGACAAGUGUCGCAGCACUGAGCGGUUUGCUUAUGCUGGCCAGAACAAUGCCAUCUUCAGUUACAGUGGCGCCGAGACGGAGUAUUCCGAUGCAGAGAUUAUCAAGGAGCAAAUCGAGAAAUGGUUUGCUGCACGCAUCAAUGCAUCCCCUGAGAUUCUAUCCAGUUUCCCUCAGGAGUUGCCCAACAAGAGCGCGGCACAGUUCACAAUUGCCGUCUCUGAAAAGAACACACAUCUUGGAUGUGCGGCAGUGCGUUUCUCCAAGGAUUACUACAAUCACUUUGUGCUGACCUGCAACUUCGCCACAUCCAACAUUAUUGGACAGCCCGUGUACACUCCUGGCGAUAAGGCCACCUCCGGCUGCAAGAAUCGCUAUGGCGCUGCCUUUGAUUACCCCAAUCUGUGCUACGCCAAGGAGAUCUACGACAACGAGAAGAUCGUGGCCGAUAUCAAGCUGUUUUAGAUUUCAUUUUAAUGCUAGUUCAAUUUUGUAAACUAAUGAUGUGACCCCAACGAAAUGUGAAUCAAAGCAAAUGGUAAUAAUAUUGAUAAUAGCUAAACGAUUAUUUAAAAUAAAA